AGUUUUGAACACAUCUGAGUUUUUCAUAAUUAUGAGUAGUAAAUAAUAUAAAUGCAAGCAGAAUAAAUAAAUUGCGAACGGCAUAAAUAGUUUUAUAAACUUGUUGGAAUUAUGUCGUAUUUGCUCUAAAAGAUUGUAGGAAUGUGUUUUCUUAAUUGUGCAAAUUAUAUAUGAUCGAAGUUAUGUUAAAACAUGUUUUUGUUGCUUUUUUAUUAAUAAGUUUUAUAUGUUUUCUAUAUGGCAUAUAUAACAUUUAUAUUGAAGUGGAGGAAAAUGCUUGCCGCAUGACAUAUAUGUUUCAAAAGCCACAGUUUUCGGAAGUGAAAAUUGACAAUAAGUUAUAUGCACAAUAUGGAUUAUUCCAUUAUUAUGAGGGUGCUUUUCGAAGUGAUGGGUAUCAAAACAACUUAAACGGACUGCCUAUUAUAUUUGUUCCUGGAAAUGGUGGAUCAUACAAGCAAGGGCGCUCUUUAGCUUCUGUUGCAAUUAGAAAAGCACUUGAUGAUGGUAACAAUAUUCAUAUGGAUUAUUUUACAGUUGAUUUUAAUGAUGAAUUAUCAGCCAUAUAUGGAGGAUAUUUGGAGGAUCAAAAGUUAUUCUUAAAAAUUUGCAUAAAAUCAGUUUUGGCGUUAUAUAAACAUUUGGAUAAUAAUAACAAAAGUGUGGUUUUGAUUGGUCAUUCUAUGGGUGGUAAAAUUGCCCAGUCCGUUCUCACAGAUAAUGAUACAGUUAAAUUGAUUAAUACAGUUAUUUUCAUAUCGUCACCAUUAGAUAAUCCUGUAGUUAAUAUUGAUACGGAAAUGAACUUAUUUUAUGAAAAAACAAAUAAAAUGUUAAUGGAGACUAGAUCACAAAAUUUGCUAUCAAAUGCGAAUAUAUGUACUAACACUGUUUUUUUGCAAGAAAUAGCUAAAAAAUUUUCUAUUGCACAACAAAGCAAUAAAUCACUUACAGAAAAUGUUUUAUUAAUUUCUAUUGGAGGAGGAAAUCGUGACUUACUUGUACGUGCUGGUCUUACUUCGUCCAGAUUUAGUGAUAUCCAUGCUAUGACAUCUUCCAUACCUAAUGUUUGGGUCAGUUGUGAUCAUUUAUCUUCAGUUUGGUGUUAUCAAUUGGUUGUAGUUAUAAAUAAAUUUUUAUUCGAAAUUGCAGUAACUGAUUCUUUAAAUAACGCUAUGUUCAAUCAUAAAAAAACGGAUCGGUUGACAACUGCUGUUCGUCACUUUUCAAAGUUCAAAAAUCGAAUCAAUAUUCAUGAAGUUGGAUUGCUUAAAGAAAAUAAUGAUCAAGACUUAUGGCAUGAGGAUUUUAAAAGAGUAUUUCAGAAAAGAUUUAAAAAAGCUGUUAAGCAAAACUACAAUCAUAUGAUAUCAUUACGAAAAUUUGAAACAUAUCAGAAGCUGUAUAUUGAAAUUAACAACUUUCACGAUAAGCAUUGGCUAUAUGGAUGUACUGCACAGACACUUUGGAAUGGUAAAAAUGUUUGUGAAAGCGGUUUUUCAAUAGACCAGUAUGUAGAAAAAAUGCCUUUUAAAGAUAAAGUUCGUUCAAUGGCAAUACUUGAUUUGAAUAACUUAAGAAAAACGUUCUUAAAUUGGACUCAUGUAGUCGCGCAUAUAACAUCAAUUGAUCAGCCAAUGAAUCUAAAUGUUGAUAUAUAUAAUUCAAAAGAGAGACAUUUUAAUAUAAUAAUGCCACGUUGGUAUAACUUUUUAAAAGCUAAUAUCAUAAAUGAGACGAUGCAAGGAUCUUUGUACUACAAAGUAUACAUUCAAGACCUUGAUGAAAGUUUUCAAACACUAAGAGUUAACAUAGACCCACUUUCUUGCUCUAACUCAUAUAAUGUUAUUACAAAAAUUUGUGUACCUUGGGCGCAUGGAUUUAUUCAAUACAAAACCUUGAGUGAGACUACAAAAGGUUCAAGCAUUUACAUAAGCACGCCUUUUGAUCGUCCUUAUAAAAAUAAUGAAUCUAUUGUUUUGGAAAUUUUCUUAGAUGCAGCGUGCAGAUACAAAAUAAGUUAUCAAUUUUCUUUGGACGUAACGCUGUCAAGAAUAGUACUGGAAUUUUAUCAUUGGCUUCCAUCCCAUAUAAUUGCAGUUUUUAUUAUUGUGUUACGAAAUCAUAUAUUUUUAUUUGAAAAGAAGACUUUAAAACAUAUAAGACCAUACUCAGGAAUUUUUCAGUUUAGUUCUAUAUAUGUUAUACCUACAUGUCGUAUAUUAAGAAAGUUUUUAGUGCAAUUCGAGUUUUUAUCUAUACCUAAAUUGACUACUUCGUCCUUAAUUGUGCCUUUCAUUAUACAUGCGACGGCAAUAGUUAUUUCAGUAGCCGCAAAUGGUUGUGUUUUAUUAACUUUGUUUUUGACAGGCGGAUUUAUUCACAAAAUCUUUUUUAGGGUUACAGAUCUUCAAAAAACAAAAUACGCAAUAUUCAGACCUCUUUUGACGUCAUUGCCAUUUACAUUCAUAGCAUUUUCUAUCGGAGUUGCUGUUAGCACUUGUAGUGGGAUUGCUUUAAUAGUGGCUUCUAUAGUUUACUUUAUUUUGUUAUUAAAUGCGUACAGACGACAUUUGACUCACAUCGCAACUGGACUUUCUAAAAAGCGUCAAGAUCAGACUGAUACAAUGUUUACACCACAUAGCAAUAUUAAUAAAAUACGUUGUACAAAAGAGGACAACAAAAUUGAAGAUGAUAAUUUUAAAACAAUACAUGAAACCGAAAAGUUACCAAAUUCAUAUAAGAUGGAAGAAAUUCAAUAUUUUCCAUUUCAUUUAUCAAUGUUUUUUUUGUUAUUAGCUCUGACUUUACUGAACAUUCCAGUGACGAUAGCUUGGUUUAAGAGUUACAGUACAAUGAAUAGCAGAAAUUUUUCAAAUUCUUCUCUGAUACCUUCAAUCGCCGUGCUUGGAAGUUUAUGUCUAUUUUUACAAUUGAAUGUUUCCUUUCAUAAAUUUGGAAAUAAUGUCACUUCAUUGCUGCUGUAUCUUUGUGCUUCAGCUUGUAUACUAUACUGCCAAGAGGAUUUAUACCGGCUAAAUUUGAUAAUAGCAACUGUGUUUAUAAUCAUAUUAAUUAAAGAAAUACUUGCCCGAAUUAUGAAACGAUAAAUAAAUAAAAUAAUAAUUUUAAUUAAAAA